UAAAUGCACUGCAAAUAAGACUUUUAGAUUUAGAGAGAACCUCUUUAGCUACCUACGGGAACGAACGGAAUCGGACCACCUCAAAUCCGCAUCUGGAACAUCUGCGCCCGUGCAGUUAGUGCCUUCCUUACCACUUACACUUAACCGGACCAGCUAAAAUUCGUUUGUUUGGGAAUCGUUGGAAAUGCUUAGUAAUUAACCAACGGAUAUGUGAAUCAACAUUUUACAAUUCAUCUGGGCUUUGAACCUUAGAUUCCAGCUGCUGAUCGUACAGCACACAAAGCAGAAUCUUAUCUAACCGGGUCUUUGGAUGUGCGGGUAAAGAAUGUCUCGUGUGACCAAAAUUAAACACGUAUUGAAAGAACAGGCAACAAAUGAUUUCGAUUUGCCCAAGGCAAACCAACAGAUCGUAAAAAUCGUUGCAAGUCGUGGCAAUAACUUGCACGAAGUACUAUCGGGCCAAGAAAGCAACGAGCAGUAUCUUGUUUCGAUGCCGAUGAAGUUCCGGAAGAAUGUUUGGGUCAAGCGUGGCGAUUUCGUGCUAGUCGAAACUAUCGAAGAAGGUAACAAGGUGAAAGGAGAAAUUUGCCGCAUACUGACACAGGAGCACAUAAAGGCGUUCGAAAAAGAAGGAGUUUGGCCGGCGAAGUUUAUAAAACAGCGCCAGCAAAAUCACGAAGUGGACGAGCAUGGACUGAUACAAAACACGAAUCGUAAAUUCUUGGUCAAUCAUGAAUCCGAAGACGACGACGAUGAGGACGAACGCGUUGAUAGUGUAAAUAUCUUCAGUUGCAACAACGCCUGAAAUGAAACGGUUUACAAAUAUGAUACUUUGUUUAAGAAAAUGCAACUGACUAUGGCAAAAAAUUA